GCUAGCUCCCUUCCAUUUUCCUCCGCCUCUGGUUGUCAAGAAGAUGGCAGCUUCCAGGCAGGCAUGAGAGGAAAUACUUCUUCACAAAUCGAAUGAAUUUGGAUUACUGUCACAAGAUAAGAGCACAUUGUAGUGUUUUUGCAUCUACUGCAUCGGAUUAAAAACCAUGUCUGCCCCCGGUUCCGCGGUGUCUGGGACCACUCCGUCGGUUCUGCAGCCGCGAUGGAAGCGGGUUCUUGGAUGGUCGGGUCCGGUCCCUCGGCCCCGGCAUGGACACAGAGCUGUGGCUAUAAAGGAAUUGAUGGUUGUGUUUGGAGGUGGAAACGAGGGAAUUGUUGAUGAGUUACAUGUGUACAACACAGCAACAAACCAGUGGUUUAUCCCAGCCGUCCGUGGUGAUAUCCCUCCGGGCUGUGCUGCAUAUGGUUUUGUAUGUGAUGGCACACGAUUGCUGGUGUUUGGAGGGAUGGUGGAAUAUGGAAAAUAUAGCAACGACCUCUAUGAGCUACAGGCCAGCAGAUGGGAAUGGAAAAAACUGAAAGCCAAAAAUCCGAAAAAUGGACCCCCACCUUGUCCUCGACUUGGUCAUAGCUUUUCACUCGUUGGUAACAAAUGCUACUUGUUUGGUGGACUGGCCAAUGACAGUGAGGAUCCCAAGAACAACAUUCCCAGAUACCUAAAUGACUUGUACACACUCGAGCUUCGCCCAGGUUCUAGUGUGGUUGGUUGGGAUAUUCCCAUCACAUACGGAGUUCUGCCUCCACCACGAGAGAGUCACACUGCUGUGGUCUACACAGAAAAGACAACCAGGAAGUCUCGCUUGAUAAUCUAUGGAGGAAUGAGUGGUUGUCGUCUUGGAGAUCUUUGGACUCUUGAUAUUGAUACCUUGACGUGGCACAAACCUUCAGUAGGUGGUACAGCACCUCUUCCACGAAGUCUUCACUCUGCCACCACAAUCACAAACAAGAUGUAUGUUUUUGGCGGAUGGGUUCCUCUGGUGAUGGAUGAUGUCAAAGUGGCCACACACGAGAAAGAGUGGAAAUGCACAAACACUCUUGCUUGCCUAAAUCUCGACACUAUGUGUUGGGAAACAGUGUUGAUGGAUACCUUGGAAGAUAACAUCCCUCGGGCUCGUGCCGGCCAUUGCGCUGUGGCUAUCAAUUCCAGACUCUAUGUCUGGAGCGGCCGUGACGGUUAUCGCAAAGCUUGGAACAACCAAGUCUGUUGUAAAGACCUUUGGUAUCUAGAAACAGAGCGACCCCAUGCUCCUGCCAGGGUUCAGUUAGUCCGUGCCAACACAAACUCUCUGGAGGUUAGCUGGGGAGCAGUUUCCACAGCCGACACUUACUUGCUGCAGCUGCAAAAGUAUGACAUACCUGCGACCCCAGCCGCAGCCUCACCAGCUACGAGUGCAACCCCUUCACAGCCCGUCAACUCUCCAAAGAGCCCUGCACCUGCUGCUGCAGCUCCAUCUGCACAGAGUUUACCACAGACAGCUGUUUUAAAGGUUGCAACCCAACAGUCUGCCACUGGUGCAUCUGUUGUCACAGUUCGCCCAAGCCAGCCGGGGAAAUCCCCCGUCACCGUGACCUCCCUUCCUCCAGGUGUUCGCAUGGUAGUGCCUACCCAAACCACCCAAGGAUCGCCAAUUGGAAGUAGCCCUCAGAUGAGUGGAAUGGCAGCUUUAGCUGCUGCAGCUGCAGCCACACAGAAGAUCCCGCCCUCUUCUGGUGGCACCGUUCUCAAUGUUCCCACUGGUGCCACCAUUCUGAAAACAGUCGCUGUUUCCCCUGGCACCACCACAGUGAAAAUGGCUUCUCCUGUAAUGGUGAGUAACCCAGCCACCAGAAUGCUGAAAACCGCUGCAGCCCAGGUGGGCACGGCCACAGCGUCCUCUCCCACCACCACCACCAGACCAAUCAUCACUGUACACAAAUCUGGUGCUGUCACAGUGGCUCAGCAGGCCCAGGUGGUCACCACUGUGGUGGGAGGAGUCACCAAGACCAUCACCCUGGUCAAGAGUCCCCUCACCAUGGGUAGCAGUGGCACAUUGAUCUCCAACCUUGGAAAGAUGAUGUCUGUGGUACAAACCAAGCCAGUGCAGACAUCAGCUGUCACAGGCCAGGCUUCCACUAACCCUCUCACACAGAUCAUACAGACAAAAGGUCCCCUCCCAGCUGGCACCAUCCUGAAACUGGUGACUUCUGCCGAUGGGAAGCCCACAACAAUCAUCACAACCUCUCAGGCCGGAGGCACAGGAAACAAGCCCACAAUCCUCAAUAUAAGUGGCGUCUCACCUACUACUACUAAGCAGGGCACCACCAUCAUUAAGACCAUCCCCAUGUCGGCCAUCAUGACCCAGCCUGGAGCUACAGGUGUUACCAGCAGUGCAGGUAUGAAAACACCAAUAACAAUCCUUACCACGAAGGUGAUGACCACUGGAACUCCUGGUAAAAUUAUUACUGCUGUGCCCAAACUGACCACUGCAGCUGGGCAGCAGGGGCUGACACAGGUGGUAUUAAAGGGGGCGCCAGGACAGCCUGGUACGAUUUUGCGUACUGUGCCCAUGAGCACAGUGGGAGGUGUCCGUCUGGUUACUCCAGUGACGGUCUCCUCUGUUAAGCCCACCGUGACCACUCUGGUUGUCAAGGGGACCACUGGGGUCACCACACUUGGCACUGUCACAGGGACGGUGUCCACUAGCUUGGCAGGAGCCACAGCAGACAGUUCCAGUGCUUCCUUGGUGACACCCAUCACCACACUGGGAAACAUCGCUACACUGUCCAGCCAGGUGAUCAACCCUACUGCCAUAACGGUGUCAGCUGCUCAGACUAGUCUGACUUCUACUUCUACACUGCCCUCCUCUACGAUGACUGUGCAGAACCAGCCCACCCAGGUUACUCUGAUCACAACCCCCAGUGGUGUAGAAGCCCAGCCUGUGCAGGAUCUCCCCGUAUCCAUUCUGGCUUCUCCAACUUCGGAACAGCCCAGCUCAACUGAGGCUGGAGCGACAGGAGACAGCUCUGGUACUGUCACCCUGGUCUGCUCCAACCCACCCUGCGAGACCCACGAGACAGGAACCACCAACACGGCAACCACCUCCUCAGCUACAAUCGGAGCAGGACAAGUCUGUUCCAACCCGCCCUGCGAAACCCACGAGACAGGAACCACCAACACGGCUACCACCUCCUCAGCUACAAUCGGAGCAGGACAAGUCUGCUCCAACCCGCCCUGCGAAACCCACGAGACAGGAACCACCAACACGGCUACCACCUCCUCAGCUACAAUAGGUUCAGGACAGGUCUGCUCCAACCCACCCUGUGAAACCCAUGAAACAGGAACCACCAACACAGCCACGACGGCAUCUUCAAACUUGUCUACGUUACGUGUGUGCUCCAACCCACCCUGCGAGACCCACGAAACCGGGACAACAAACACGGCUACCACAGCUUCAUCCAGCAUGGGAGCAGCCCAGCAGGUGUGUUCUAAUCCCCCCCAUGAGACCCACGUGACGGGCACCACCAACACAGCGACACAAGCUUCCUCCAGCAUGAACGCAGGCGAAACAGGAACCACGCAGAGCGAUCACACAAAUCCCACCCCUGAAACGGGGAGCGAAGACACUCCGUCCACAGCGAGCUCCAGCGUGGAAGAGGACCAGACCAGCACCACAACAGGCCAGGUGCAGAGGGUUUGCUCCAACCCACCAUAUGAAACACACGAGACCGGGACCACCAACACUGCCACCACCGCUACAUGCAACAUGGAGACAGGCGAAGGCACAGCUACCCAGCAAACGGAGGAAGGAGCAGAAGGAACAAGCACCACAGAGGAAGCUGCUACCACUGCAGCUACUAGUGUAGCUACAACCACCCAAGGCAGAGCCAUCACAAACGUGACUCAGUCCACACCUGCCCCUGGGCCUUCAGUGCCUUCGAUUUCAUCAAUCACAGAAGGGGUUAGUACAGCAGCCGGCGCCACAGAGGAGCCGAUGCAGACAGAAGAACCUGCAUCAGCAGAAGCUGCACCUGCAGAGGAGCCUGCAGCAGCUAUGGAGACACAUGCAGAGGGAGAGGCAGCUGCUGCGACGGCCUUGAACCUGCCCUCAGAGUUGAUGUCGGAGGCCCAGGGGGCCACGCUGAUGGUGACAGGGCUGUCGGACGAAGAGCUGGCCGUAACUGCUGCAGCCGAGGCUGCUGCCCAGGCUGCAGCCACAGAAGAGGCGCAGGCUCUGGCCAUCCAGGCUGUUCUCCAGGCAGCUCAACAAGUUGUAAUGAAUGAAGGUGAUGGUUCUUCAGAGACUCAGCAGCCCACCAACAUCCCCAUCAUGCUGACCCAGCAAGAACUAGCAGCUCUGGUCCAGCAGCAGCAGCAACUGCAGGAAGCUCAUGCUGCAGCGCAGCAGGCCGCGGUAGACAGCAGCCUUCCCACCGAGGGCCUGGCACCUGCUGACAGCCUCAAUGACCCGUCCGUAGAAAGCAACGGACACAAUGAAAUGGCUGCCUCAGUCACUAGCGCUGUGGCAUCCCUCCUACCGCGAACCACUGCUGAGACUCUGGCUCCAUCGAGUACAUUCGCACCGUCUAUAUCCGUAGCAAGUCCAGCUAAGCUCCAAGCUGCAGCCACUCUCGCAGAGGUGGCCAAUGGAAUUGAGGGAGAGAAACAGGCCCCUCAGCCAACUCCAGUGAAGCCUGUUGUUAAAAAGGAGAACCAGUGGUUUGACGUUGGAAUUGUAAAAGUGACAAACAUGGUUGUCACUCACUUCUAUGUGCCAGCAGAUGAUUCUCAAGGAGAUGAUGACUCUGGCGCUGUACCGGACUACAGUCAGAUGAAGAAAAUGGAGCUGCAGCCUGGAACGGCGUACAAGUUCCGUGUGGCUGGAAUCAAUGCCUGUGGUCGUGGAACAUUCUCUGAGAUUUCUGCUUUCAAGACCUGCCUACCUGGAUUCCCAGGGGCCCCAUGUGCCAUCAAAAUUAGCAAGAGUCCAGAUGGUGCUCACUUGACCUGGGAGCCGCCUUCAGUGACAUCAGGGAAAAUCAUUGAGUACUCCGUAUACCUGGCCAUCCAGAGCAGCCAGACAGCUGAGGCCAAGGCUUCCACCCCGGCCCAGCUAGCCUUCAUGCGAGUGUAUUGUGGACCCAACCCCUCCUGCUUGGUGCAGUCGUCCAGCCUGUCAAAUGCCCACAUCGACUACACGACUAAGCCGGCUAUCAUCUUCCGCAUCGCUGCCCGCAAUGAGAAGGGUUACGGCCCAGCCACUCAAGUUCGAUGGCUACAAGAAUCUGGUAAAGACGCAACUUCUGCAAAACCUGCCGCUAAAAGACCAGGCACCUCUCCUGAUCCCAAGACAACUGGUCCAAAGAAGGCGAGGACGGACCAGUGAGGUUGCCCAGAAUCCCCUCUUUUGUUUUUGUUUUUUUCUCCCCAUUAUCCUUUUUAUCAGGAAGACUGACCCUCUCUCAUCGUCCUCAUCUCCUCCAUCCCCAUGUCUCAGAUCAAGACGUCGACUCUGGUAGACGCCAAGACGAAAGUCAAUCUGAGACGCGUUUCUGUAGAUAAACCCCUCCUCCUAUUUGAUCUGUUGGUCGUAAUAUUUUUAGAGCAACUCAGACCUAGAAGCACAUUCUCUCUUUUUUUCAGUCACAUCCCCUUCCUUCAUUUUAACAUCUAUUUUUUUGGCUUCUUUUUUUUCCAAGUAGUUGAACAUUAUAGAAGUAUUUACACCAUUCACAAACUGGGAGCCAGCCUGAGCGCUAUGUUACUUUUUUGUUUUGUUUUUUCCUGUUUUGUGAAUUCUGGGGGGGAUGUAGAAAGAGACUACAUAAAAUGUACAGUGUUGAAAAAAAAAAAUGGCUGUGGAGGCAUUAGUUUAGAUGAACGGAAAAAUCGGUAUGGAAACAAAUAAAGCACUUGUCCUCCACAAAAGAGGACAUUUUUUUUUUUUUUUUGCUCCAAACAAUUUGCUUCAUAGAGAACCAAGUCUGUACAGUCAUCAUACUGGACCCCAGUCUCCUGGUAAUAUCAUCACUGUGCGCUUUUUACCCCAAGACGAGGCGUGAUGGCUGACGCUUUGGAAAGGACGGCAAAAGGAGGGAAAAAAGAUGAGAUUUGAAGAGAAAGAAUGGUGGACUUUGGCUAGGACAGACUGGCUGCACACAUUAAAAAGAAAUUCCAAAAACCUUCCCCAAAAAAUUAGCAGUGACGCAGAAAAUCUCUUGUGUAGUUUAUUUUUGUAUUUUUAAGCUUUGUUUUCCUCCUGUGUGUAUGUGUAUGUGUGCAUUUUAAAAGAAAACACCUUUUUUUUUUUUCUUUUUUUUUUUUUUAACUGUCGAUCCUCGUAGUUUGUGUUGGUGGGAAGACAAGGUGGCUGUGUUCAUGAAGUCACUAUAUUUUUAAAAACCUUCACUCGGUUGGUUGUAUGUUCCUGUUGAAAGAUGACUUUUGUAUUUGUUCCAAGUAGAACCGGACAGGUUGUAGGACUGAAGGGAACUUUGAAGUGGACCCAGGGAGAGGAGUUUUGUUUUAUUUUUUACCUUGUUUAUUUCUCAAUGCUUGUGUUGCUUUGUUUGCCAAACACAAAUGUUCCAGGGUUACAAGAUAAAAAAAAAAAAAAAUCGGUAUUUGAUCCUUUGACCUUUUUCUCCCUAUUCCCAGUUGGUUGUUCCCUACUUCUUAUGCUCAUAAAUCUUUAAUUUUUAGAAUGGUUAAAUAUAUUAGUAGACCCCCCACCACACACACUUUGUCUGUGAAUCAACUAAAUAAAUUUUGUCUUUCCUUUAAGGCUCUGUAUUUCAGACCACAGCUGGUGUGCAAAGCUACCUGUGACAUGUUGUCUUUGAAUGGAAUUGCCUGAGAAGGCCUCUUACAGUUCGACUCACUUGUAAAUUAAAUCGUUCAUAGAGCAAGAAUAAAACACACAAAAAAAACAUCUUGGCCUUUUAUAUAAUUACCUGUAACAAACUGUUUUUACAUGUUGGUCAUCUCUUGAUCGCCUUUUGUGUCUUUACUUAAAGAAACAAAUAUAUAUAUAUAUAUAAAUAUAUAUAUAUAGUCUCCCUGAUUGUUCUGGUUGAUUUUUGUUUCUGUCAAGCUGAUUCACUAGGAGUGAGGAAAUCCUGCUAGCUUCAUCAAAUGUGUACAGGGAGAUUUCUGACCGGAAAUGAUUGGAGAUCUUCUGUAAGGGCGGUUCAGCUGUGAUGGUUUAAAAAAUAAAAAGAGGCCUGAGCAUCAGAGCCGAGGGUCUGCUUUGCCGCCUUGGGUUCAGGUUAGGAUUUCUGAUUUCUUUCUAGAAACGAACUUUCUCUUCAUAUGCAUUCAUAAUUUUGUGCGUGUCGGUGUGUCUGUUGAACAAAACUAGACAUGCAUGCAAAAGCAGUGUAUUUUAGUAGUGUUGCCUUAAGUUAGACCAUAAGCUGAAGGUUCUCAAAAAAAGAAAAAAAAAAAGAUGGAAAAAAAAACAUUUAAUGAGUUUGUUCCUCUCUCCAUGUGGUAUAUACAAUUGUGUCCUUUCCUUCCACAGUACCUU